UGUUGACGUGGACUUGAUACCAGUAAUGUUGGUGCUCACUGGUCCGAGCUUGUCGCUGUCAAUGCCGUAGUACCUCACUAUGGGUGUCAGAAACGCGGGGCCUAGUGGGGGCUUGAUCUUACUCCACCACCGCCAUGUAUGCCACUCAACAGCGGCCAGUAUCACAGUUCUCUCAGAACCCUUCGUUACCAACAAAUGAUUAUCAGCAGAGCCCAAUGAAGUCAAGAUCAGGGCCUUCACCCAUGUUUAACGAACAUCAGUAUGACGAGGGUGAUGGACCUGUAGGUUACCAUGAUGGGGGUUAUAUGUCGGCUCAGCACCAGGACGACGAUUUCUUUAGUGGAGAUGCCAAUGGAACUACAAAUGCUCAAUAUUACGCCGAUAACUCCUACUCGCGUUCAGCAGCGACACAGUCCGUUCGCGCGCCAUCUCCUCCUCCAGGCCCCAUUCUCGACCAUUCUCAUUUACGACCGGGAAACCAAGCCUCGCUACUAUCACAUGAACGAACUCUAGAACUCUACCGAGCUAAUGCCAAAAAGACGCAGGAUCCGGAUCUCCAGUUCGAGUUUGCGGUGUUCAUGAUCGACGCCUCAAAAUCGCUCCCAAUCCCCGAAGAACGAGAAGGGAAUUUACUACAAGUGGAGAAGGCUAUAGAGAAACGAGAGGACUUCAUCCGGGAAGCGAUGGGGCUGUUGAAACGACUUGCAGAUAGGGGGCAUCCUUCAUCACAGUACUUCCUUGCCGAUUGUUACGCCAAUGGCAUCGGGACGACGAGGAACAAGCAGGACUUUGAUCGCGCGUACCCGUUAUUUGUUCUUGCCGCCAAGCAUGGUCAUACAGAUGCAGCUUACCGUGCUGGUACAUGUUGCGAAAAUGGCUGGGGUUGUCGACGAGAAUCCGCGAAAGCGCUGCAAUUUUUCCGGAAAGCAGCUGCCGCUUCACAUCCUGGAUCUAUGUACCGAUUGGGCAUAGCGGAGCUGAACGGGGAGCUGGGACUAUCGAAGAGACCUAAGGAGGGCGUUAAAUGGUUGAAGAGGAGUGCAGAGCAUGCGACAGCCGAGUUUCCUCAUGCGCUGCACGAGUUGGCUCUCCUCCAUGAGCGAGGGAUAAAUGAUGUUGUUUUUGUGGACUACGAGUACUCGACAGAAUUAUUGGCUCAAGCGGCUGAGUUGGGAUAUGCCCCGAGUGCGUAUCGGUUAGGUGAAUGCUAUGAGUACGGUAAGAUGGGUUGUCCACAGGAUCCAGCCCUAUCAAUACACUACUAUAACAUCGCUGCCCAACAGAGCCAUCGUGAUGCAUGCUUCGCACUGACCGCGUGGUAUCUUGUUGGUUCACCAGGCGUGCUACCUCAGUCCGACACUGAAGCGUUUCUCUGGGCACAGAAAGCAGCAGAGGCCGGUCUCGUUAAGGCCAUGUACGCGGUUGGCUACUUUUCGGAAGUCGGGAUAGGAACACCUGCUGAUAUGCCUGAGGCGAUAAAGUGGUACAAGCGUGCCGCUGAGCAGGGUGACAAGCGCGCCAUUCAGCGUCUGAAGGGAUCACAAACACAAGCCAUGAGGCAACCUGGAGGACCUGGUUCGGUUCUGCAUCGUGACAGUUCUGGAGAUGGCGGAGAUGGUAAAAACAAAGAUAAAGACUGUGUCAUCAUGUAGGAAAGUUAAUGGGACUGCAGCACCUAGACGUCUCCACUUUUUCGUAUUAAUUUCCUAUUCGACAUUCCGUCUACCUUGGGAAUGAACACUCACUCGCUAUAUAUUAGCUAUAAUUUAGUAUAUGUACUAGUGGUAUUCAGACCCUUCAAUCUGCUCUCGCUACUACAUCUGUCUCUCACCACCAUCUUUUGACUGGACUUCGAUGUUCUUCGCCUUAAAUAUGCCUUUCGAUUCUGUAGCGUACAUAUACCGGUCUGUAAUAUCCAUGGACUUGAGAACACGGAUA